CGAAGCAACUGUGCGAGUGUGUGAGUGUACGUGUUCAUGAGCAAAAGUGACCAUGACUCUUGUUUGAGAUCUCAGUUUCCCAUUAUCCCGCCAGCCUUGGCAUUGUAUCAAUUCAACCCGGCGCAAAUCGCAAAAGCCUCGCUCCUCCACGUUUCUACCACCCUCUCACUCCCACAAUAUUGCUGCCCACUAGGCAUCCUUUCCUCGGCUCACCUGUCAUCAUCCUGAUUCACACCUUCAACGCAUCCCGCAUUGCCCCUCCCCCAACAAUGGUCCGGAUAUCGGCCUUCGACGUGGAGCAAUGGAUGGACGAGUACGAGACCACCCCAGGCUGCCUCAACAUCGCUGAGACCUGCGCUGCCUCCGUCUCCGUAAAUGACCUAGUCGCGCUCUCCGAAGACAAGCACGCGCCCGGUCCCGUAGACCUCUCCACAAAGCUAGUCUACGGCCCCAUCCGCGGCUCCGCCCGGCUCCGUCAGAGGGUCGCGGCGCUCUGUGGCGGGGCCGGGCCAGACUCGGACGACUCACAACCCGGCGUGCUCUGUGAAGACGACGUGCUCAUCACCCAGGGCGCCAUCGGUGCCAACUUCCUGGUGCUGUAUACCUUGGUGAACCCCGGCGAUCACGUAAUCUGCGUGUAUCCCACGUACCAGCAGCUCUACAGCGUCCCCGAGAGUCUUGGCGCAGAUGUCUCCCUAUGGAGGCUGAAGGAGGAGAAUGGCUUCGUGCCUGACGUGACAGAACUCGAGGCCCUCGUCAAGCCCAACACAAAGAUGAUCAUCAUCAACAACCCAAACAACCCAACCGGCAUCCCCAUCCCCACCCCAGUCCUCGCCUCCCUCGUCACCUUCGCCAAAGCCCGCGACAUCAUCCUCUUCUCAGACGAGGUCUACCGGCCCCUCUUCCACAACCUCUUCACCCCCGGCGCAGUCCCAGACGUGCCCCCGCCCCUCACAACCUUCAACUACCCCAGAGUCAUCGUCACAGGCUCCAUGUCCAAAUCCUACGCCCUAGCCGGCAUCCGCAUCGGCUGGAUCGCCUCGCCAGACAAGGCCAUCAUCGAAGCCGUUGCCUCGGCGCGCGACUACACCACCAUCAGCGUCUCGCAAAUCGACGACCAGAUCGCGUCCUACGCCUUAUCAAAACCCGUCUGGGCGCCUCUUCUGCGGCGGAACGUCGGGCUUGCGGUUAAGAAUAAGGCUUUACUUGAGGCGUUUGUGGAGAGGCAUAGGGGCGUGUGUUCGUGGGUUAGGCCGCUGGCUGGGACGACUGCGUUUGUACGAUUCACGCAUAGGGGUGGCGAGGCUGUGGAUGAUGUGAGGUUUUGCUUGGAUGUGCUUGAGAAGACGAACGUGUUUUUCGUGCCGGGGUCGAGGUGUUUUGGUCAUGGGAGGGAUUUUAAGGGGUAUGUGAGGAUUGGGUAUGUGUGUCAUACUGAGGUGCUUGUGGAGGCUUUGGAGAAGCUUGAGGCGUAUAUGCGUGUAGCAUUCCCGGAGUAAUGCGUAUCUGCUUGAAGUCAUCAUGUUGUCCUCGGGGAAUCAGGUGAAGUAGGUAUGCUACUUAGAAGCCCCUUUAUGAUGCGAUGACGCUUAUCCGGUGUGUUACGCGCAUCUUGUGUACGAUGUCCAGACAGAUCUGUAUGAUCUAGAAGGCAAUGGUAGAUCGUCUCUCGCUUGAUGUUGCUCAAGAUUCUAGGCGACGGUCCCCAUCGAAAGUAAAGGCUGUCGAGAUGUAAUACUUC